AUGCCGUCCCUAAGUUCUCUUAAGCUUUAUCCCGUUAAUCUAGCAAGAGACUGGGAUCCAUUAUUCAGAACUUUUUGGAAAUCAUGGAGCAUUCCAAGGCAGGCAGCAAUGGUAGCAACAUUCCCUCACAUAGGCCAAGGAGGGCCAGAAGAGAUUGAAUCAUUUGAGGUCAAGAAAGCUCAAUAUCUCGCCGCCGCAAAGACGAGUCCUGGACAGCUAUGGUACAAGGUCAUUGAUGAAGAGCAAUCGCUUUCUCCCAUUGUUGGUGGCGUGUGCUUAACGCACUGGAAAGAGGAGCAACAGCCGAAGCAUAUGCCAGAUGAGUCCCAUAAUGGAUUCGAACCGGGAUCGCAGAUUCAGAAGGUGUCUGAGCAGUUUUACGGACAGCUUCAUGAGUGGCACAGCCAAAUAAUGCGGCCACGCGAGCAUAUAUAUGGCCAAGCCAUGUGGAUGCUCCCAGAGUAUCGCCAACUUCGCGCUGCGCCAAUGAUUAUGCAAAUAAUUGACGAACUUUGUGAUAAACAUGACAUCGAAGGAUACGGUGAAUUCGUGCAAAUGAGCCACGGUUUGGGAGUUAAGAGUGGUUUUAAACUUAUACGCAAAGAGUUUUUGAAGAUCAAUAUCGAUAAUGCAACUGAGGAAACUCAAAAACUGGUUGACGAUUUCCAAUCAGAGCCAAUAUACUUGAUGGUGAGACCGAAGAAGAGCGACGCGAAAGGCACUCCUCGGCCCAGCUUUGUUGGGCUAAGAGAGUCAAAGCUAUAGAGAGGACAUCGUAUUGGGAUGUAAGUAGGAGUGAGAGGAAAGUUACAUGUGAACCUAGAGUUAUACUGGCACGAUAGGCAAUCACAGGAUUUGUAGAAAUCAGAGCAUUUAUAGAACUUACUUUAC